AUGCGUAAACAGCUCCUAAGCUACUCUAUGCACAUCGACUUUGUCAUUCCAGUGAACGGGAACUUGACUGCGGGCUUGGAAUCCUACGAACACAAAGCAGAAAAGGCUGCUAUGGACUAUGGAUUUCACAUGGCCAUUACCAAGUGGAAUGAUGAGGUUUCGAGGGAAAUGGAAGUGAUGGUCAAGGAACAUGGUGGGUGCAUACUCUCUUCUGCAUUCUUGGACUAUUCUGUUCAUGACGAACAUCCUCGGUGCCAAAUUUUCUCUUCUUUUCUGCAGUUGGAAGGCGAGGCAACUUCACGGGAAAUUCGAUUAGCAAAAUUCGUCAAUACAACGUUGUAUGUUGUUCAUGUGAUGAGUACUGAUGCAAUGGAAGAGAUUGCCAAGGCUAAAAGAGAAGGUCAGAGAGUCAUCGGGGAACCUGUGGUAUCUGGGCUAGUCCUUGAUGAUUCUUGGCUUUGGGAUCCUGACUUUGCAACUGCUUCAAAGUAUGUGAUGAGUCCUCCAAUCCGGGAAGCAGGGCAUAAUAAAGCACUUCAAGCUGCUCUUUCAUCAGGAAUAUUACAGCUUGUGGGAACUGAUCAUUGCACCUUCAAUUCCACUCAGAAAGCUUUCGGUUCUGAUGAUUUCAGGAAGAUUCCCAAUGGCGUAAAUGGUAUUGAAGAAAGGAUGCAUAUAAUUUGGGAUAGCAUGGUGGAGACCGGCAAGAUCACAGUCACCGAUUAUGUGAGAGUGACAAGCACAGAAUGUGCCAAGAUCUUCAACAUAUACCCUCGCAAAGGAGCAAUCCUCGAGGGAUCUGAUGCAGACAUCAUCAUCCUGAACCCCAAGAGGAGCUUCGCGAUGGGCACGCGCACACACCAUUCGAGGUCCGACACGAACGUGUACGAGGGCAGAAAAGGAAAGGGAAUGGUAGAAGUGACCAUCUCAAGAGGGCGAGUGGUGUGGGAGGAUGGCUUGAACAAAGGAAACUGUGUUUUGUCAUUGCAAAUGGAAGCUGGCAAAGGCAUCUCUCCGGCGAACACGACACGCGGGAUCGUACAGCAGAAGUUGGAUUCUGGGCGCGUCCAGAAGCGGAUCGCCAGCCGAUCCUGA